GCAUAAUUAUAUAAAUGGAGAUUUUUCUUUUCAACUACUGAUUGUUCCGAAGAGAAUCCGUUACAAUGAAAAUCUUAGUAAUUUUGCUGAUUUUGGGAGCGUACGUGCAAUUUGUCGAUCUGAGAAGACCGCAAUGCAGUCUUCCAAAAUGUCCUGCAGAUUGCUACAUCGACUACGAUGCUGAUCCAUGCCCUGCAUGUAUUUGCGAUCAGACGAGUGAUCCGAGAAGACCGCAAUGCAGUAUUCCCAAAUGUCCUGCAGAUUGCUACAUCGACUACGAUGCUGAUCCAUGCCCUGCAUGUAUUUGCGAUCAGACGAGUGAUCCGAGAAGACCGCAAUGCAGUAUUCCCAAAUGUCCUGCAGAUUGCUACAUCGACUACGAUGCUGAUCCAUGCCCUGCAUGUAUUUGCGAUCAGACGAGUGAUCCGAGAAGACCGCAAUGCAGUAUUCCCAAAUGUCCUGCAGAUUGCUACAUCGACUACGAUGCUGAUCCAUGCCCUGCAUGUAUUUGCGAUCAGACGAGUGAUCCGAGAAGACCGCAAUGCAGUAUUCCCAAAUGUCCUGCAGAUUGCUACAUCGACUACGAUGCUGAUCCAUGCCCUGCAUGUAUUUGCGAUCAGACGAGUGAUCCGAGAAGACCGCAAUGCAGUAUUCCCAAAUGUCCUGCAGAUUGCUACAUCGACUACGAUGCUGAUCCAUGCCCUGCAUGUAUUUGCGAUCAGACGAGUGAUCCGAGAAGACCGCAAUGCAGUAUUCCCAAAUGUCCUGCAGAUUGCUACAUCGACUACGAUGCUGAUCCAUGCCCUGCAUGUAUUUGCGAUCAGACGAGUGAUCCGAGAAGACCGCAAUGCAGUAUUCCCAAAUGUCCUGCAGAUUGCUACAUCGACUACGAUGCUGAUCCAUGCCCUGCAUGUAUUUGCACACAGACGAGUGAUCCGAGAAGACCGCAAUGCAGUAUUCCCAAAUGUCCUGCAGAUUGCUACAUCGACUACGAUGCUGAUCCAUGCCCUGCAUGUAUUUGCGAUCAGACGAGUGAUCCGAGAAGACCGCAAUGCAGUAUUCCCAAAUGUCCUGCAGAUUGCUACAUCGACUACGAUGCUGAUCCAUGCCCUGCAUGUAUUUGCGAUCAGACGAGUGAUCCGAGAAGACCGCAAUGCAGUAUUCCCAAAUGUCCUGCAGAUUGCUACAUCGACUACGAUGCUGAUCCAUGCCCUGCAUGUAUUUGCGAUCAGACGAGUGAUCCGAGAAGACCGCAAUGCAGUAUUCCCAAAUGUCCUGCAGAUUGCUACAUCGACUACGAUGCUGAUCCAUGCCCUGCAUGUAUUUGCGAUCAGACGAGUGAUCCGAGAAGACCGCAAUGCAGUAUUCCCAAAUGUCCUGCAGAUUGCUACAUCGACUACGAUGCUGAUCCAUGCCCUGCAUGUAUUUGCGAUCAGACGAGUGAUCCUGGAAGGCCGCAAUGCAGUCCUCCAAGAUGUUCUGAAGAUUGUUCAAUUGACUACACUACUUAUCCAUGCCCUUCUUGUAAAUGUGAUGAGAAUAACGAUCCUGGAAGGCCGCAAUGCAGUCCUCCAAGAUGUCCUGAAGAUUGUUCAAUUGACUACACUACUUAUCCAUGCCCUUCUUGUAAAUGUGAUGAGAAUAACGAUCCUACAAGGCCGCAAUGCAGUCCUCCAAGAUGUCCUAAAUAUUGUUCAAUUGACUACACUACUUAUCCAUGCCCUUCUUGUAAAUGUGAUGAGAAUAACGAUCCUGGAAGGCCGCAAUGCAGUCCUCCAAGAUGUCCUAAAUAUUGUUCAAUUGACUACACUACUUAUCCAUGCCCUUCUUGUAAAUGUGAUGAGAAUAACGAUCCUACAAGGCCGCAAUGCGAUAUUCCAAGAUGUCCUGAAGAUUGCUCACUUGACUACACUACUUAUCCAUGCCCUUCUUGUAAAUGUGAUGAGAAUAACGAUCCUGAAAGGCCGCAAUGCAGUCCUCCAAGAUGUCCUGAGGAUUGCCCAAUUGAUUACGAUACUUAUUCAUGCCCUGUGUGUAACUGCGAAUAUGAAUACCCUCCACAGGAGCCAUCCUGCAGCCCUCCUAAAUGUCCUAGAGGUUGUCAAAUAGAUAACGAAGCACGUCCGUGUCCGGUUUGUAGAUGUGGAAAUGCCCCUGAUGAUCAAGAUAUUCCAGAAAUUCAGUGUUCCAUACCAAAGUGUCGACCACCUUGCAAAAUUGAUUAUUCCACGAAACCAUGCCCGAGCUGCGACUGUACAAGAUGCCAUUAAAAUGCAUUUUCAGAAUGGAUUUUGGAAUUAAGAAUGGAAAAGGUGAGCAUUCAAAGGAAAUUCAUAAUUUUGACAAUCGGAGUUACUGGUUGCUGUACUAACCACAAGUUUGCUAUCAUUUGCAAAUGGUUUUUAAGUAUUUUAACAGGAAGAAAACGUAAAUUUAAUUUUCUUUAUGAUUGUUUUUAAAAAUUUAUAUGUAUUGUUAAUCAAAGAAAGCUUUAUGUAACUUAUAAUAAAA